AUGACCGCAUCUAGCCUUCGCCUUAUCUCGACUGGCCUUUUAACCUGCGCCCGUUAUCGAGUCAUCUCGACAUCGCUGCCUAAAGUAGGAUUUAUUGGCCAAGGCCUUCUGAAAAGGAAUAAAAGCCCGCAGAAGUUUGCAUUAUUGCUAUCUCAAAACAAGUACCUUUCAGAUUCAGCUCUUCUUAGAGCUCCAACAACGGUUAUGGAAGACACUACUAAACCGUUAAAAUAUGUCGAUAUCGGCAUCAACUUAAGUGACCCCGUUUUCCGAGGGAGUUAUCACGGAAAGCAAGCUCAUGAAGACGACCUGACCGACGUCAUCGAGCGAGCUCGGGAUAUCGGUUGUGCAAAGUUCAUGGUUACGGGUUCAGAUGUGAAAGAAUCAAAACAUGCAAUUCAGAUUGCUAAAGACUAUCCUGGAUUCUGUUAUGCCACCGUCGGUGUUCAUCCGUGUCAAGCAAAACACUUUGAUGACCAUCCAGAUGGCCCCUCAAGUCUGCUCCAAGAACUCAGAGAGCUGGCCCAGAGUUCCAAAGAGUCGGGCUACACGGUAGCCUUUGGAGAAAUUGGUCUUGACUAUGACAGACUGUUUCUGAGCUCAAAAGAAGCACAGCUGAAAUAUUUCGAGGCCCAACUCGAUCUUGCAGUGGAAAUCCAACUGCCCCUUUUUCUGCACUCCCGAGCUGCCAGUGAAGAUUUUGAGCGAUUGCUAAAAUCAAGACUCGACCAGCUCCCCAAAAAGGGUCUCGUGCACAGUUUCACAGGCACAAAAGAGGAGAUGCAACGAUUAGUCGACUUGGGCCUCGACAUUGGUAUUAAUGGAUGCAGCAUGAAGACAGAGGAAAACCUUGAGGUCGUUAAGGAAAUUCCUCUGGAGCGGAUCCAGAUCGAAACCGAUGGCCCAUGGUGCGAGAUUCGGCCUUCACAUGCGUCUGCCAAGCAUCUCGAUGAUGGGCCGACUUUGCCAAAGUCUGUUAAAAAGGAAAAAUGGCAAAAGGGUUUUAUGGUCAAGGGGCGCAAUGAGCCUGUUGCAAUUGCUAAGGUUGCCCAUGUCAUCGCUAAAGUGAAAGGGAUAUCCGUUGAGGAAGUCUGUGAAGCGGCUUGGAAUAACUCGAUAAAAAUGUUUGGCCUUGGCGAGCCCAACUAA